GUAUAAGCAAUUGAAAUCGUGACCAGGAAACCUAAAGAAAAAUGAUAUAUAGCUAUGGAAUUGGUUUUAUGUUAUUAAUAUUUAAAUUUAGUUUCAUAACUUGUGAUUAUACGCAGAACUGUAAACUGCGUAGUGAAAGUUCGGAUAUAAAGAGACAACUUAUACAACGCUUAUCGCCCAUCCAAGGGCAGAAGUUUCAUGUUGAUUCUGGAGGCAUUUCCUACGUUAUUACCAUCUGCAGUGAUGCUUCAGAAAAGUACCCAAAUUCCAGUGUUUUAGAAAAACAAGGAACAGCAUCAACAGUCCUAGGGAGAUAUAAUGACACUGAUAUAGUCGGUGGAGAGUCAUGGCUUAUUCUAAUAUAUGGAGAUGGUGAUGGAGAUCAGAAGAAUGAAUUUUGUAAAUUGGCCAGGAGGGUUCAGAUUUUGAUUACAUGUAAAGAAGAAAACGAGGAUCCAUCUUUGUAUUUUCUGGAGUAUAACAGAAACUGGAAUAAUACUGGGUGCUUCUUCUCAUUUGAGCUUCAGACUUCAGCUCUCUGUGUGAAGACCGGACUCAGCGGUGGCUCGGUCUUUUGUAUCAUUAUUCUGACAUGUUUUGCGGUUUACUUCAUCGUCGGAGUGGCCCACAGGAGAUUCAUUGGAGGUGCUAAAGGAUUUGAGCAGAUCCCUCACCGUGGUUUCUGGAAGGAGCUGGGGAAUUUGCAAGCGGAUGGCUGCAACCUUGUGUGUCGCCGUGAUAUUCACCGUGAGGAAUCCUGGCACAGACUGACAAACAAUUUUAAUGAUCCACAUGACGACAGGGAUGAAGCUCUCCUUAAGCCUUGACCUGUUUGUUGGAUACAUCCUUAGCGGAAUAAGCCACAGCGUGUUUACUCUGUAAAGCUACCAGUAGAAAUUGUGUGGACCUGGAAAUGUAAGAUUUAAUGUUGCUUUAAAUUAGAAUCAAAAUUUCACGGAAUUGUUAUUUUAUGUGUUUCGAUUCUUCUGUGUUUUUAAGUCUUUGGUCACCAUUUCACCAGUAGAGUCUGCAUGUUUCCUGCGCUACAAAUUACAUUUAUUGCUACCACUUCUGGAAAAGUCGAUUCAGGUUGCGACUACUCAUUAUUUUUCCUUCUCUAGAAACACACCGAGAAGCGCUUUAUUCAUUGUACCAGUUUGUAUUAUUGAUUAAAAUAUUCACUUUAAAUUUUAUGCAAGGAUUUGCUGAUGUUUAUUAGUAUUGCAGUGGGUGAUACUUUGGUCCCGAUGAAAAUGUUAAAUUAGCCUGCGAAAGGAAUAAUAUUAAUAUUGUAAAAUUCAUUAAAUAUUAUAAGUGAUUUA